UCUUCUAUCUCCUCUGUCUCUCUGCUCAGGCACUCUGACCCAGUUCAUCCUGGUGCUGUACGGCACUGGCUCAGCUUCUUCCAGCUCCUGUGACAAGGCUCAGCCUGGCAACAACAACUGUAAGACCCUGGACCUGAGGCAGAUAUGCAUCGAGUGCGACGCCGGCCACUACCUCUUUCAGCAGGGCUGUGUGAAAGAAUGUCCUCCAGGCUUUUCAGUGGGCUCCCAGCCGCUCAACUACACAGUGGGAAACUCUAUACCACCAGCCUCCGUCCCAGCCUGCAUGCCCUGCCCACCGCCCUGCCUGACCUGCAGCAGCCUCAGCCCGCAGGCCUGCCUGUCCUGCCCCCCUCACAGCUCCCUGGACCCCAUAUCUGGCACCUGCCUGCACCUCAACCAGUACAUGCGUGAGUCCCCCGGCAGCUUCAUGGUGGGCCAGGGGAACCCGGGAAUGCAGAUCCAGCUCAGCUCCCGGCUGCCCAUCACCAUCGCCGUGCUCAGCUGCAUAGCCAUCAUCGCCACCUUCGCUGGCAUCUUCCUGCUGCUGCAGCUGCGCUCAGGCGCUCUCAUCAAGCUGCCCUCUCUGGAGGCUGGUGGCGGCCUCGGGGGCAGUUUCAGCCUGGGGGGGAACAGGGUGGUGUCAUACCGCGGCAUCCCGACAGUGUGGGGGGAUGAUGGGAUAAAUACAGACUCUGAAAAUGAGGAGUUUGACGUCCAAAAUGAGAGGACUGCCUUUAUCAAAACACAAAGUGCUCUUUAAUGCCUCCCCCACAUCCCUCCCUCUCUCCUGCUUUUAAAGUCUUCUCACCCUCAUUUGUCUGAUAAGUCAGGGCUGUGGUAAACUGCCCUCUCACAGUCUUUUCUGGUUUUAUCUCUCAUCCCUUUUCUCCUGUCUCCGUCUUACCGUGUUCUCGUCUGAGUCCUGCUUCUGGAUCCCCUGUGGGAGACCUGAUGGGAAGCCGCUGUCUCUCAGAGCUCGGGAUGGCCCAAGCUUUGCUCUGUUCACACUUGGGCGCUUUUCUAUUAAACUGGCUCUCCCCCUCUUCUUGCCCUCAAUCACUAACAGUGUCUGUCUGAGCAGAGUCCAUUUUCCCCUCCAGCUCCAGCUCCUCUUUGUUACAGUAAACAAAUUAUUAUUAUUUCCUCCUUUUUUUCCCCUCUUUCCAUCAGUCUCAGUGCAGUAGCCAGAUGAGAUUGUUGAAUGUGAGGAGUGGAGAUGUGUGUGUGUGUGUGUGUGUGUCUGUGUGUCUGUGUGUGUGUGUGUGUGUGUGUGUGUGU